CUUUUCUCCUCCUCAUCCCUCAAAGGUUCGACAUCGCCCUCACGUCCUCUUUUCUCCUCCAACUCCCAUUGUUCUUAUAAGCCCUGGACUCGUCCAGUUGUGCUGUUCUUUUUGUUGUCGGCCUCUAUACUUCCCUUCGGCUGCUGUUUCCCCAUCGCGACGGGGAGACCGAAUAAUUUCACCGGGCCUUUCAACCCGAACCACCACCAUUUUUUUGUGACCGUGUCGCAGGUCUCGACGCUGCCAGACUUUCGUUGCCAGUUACUCUAGGCUGUGGAAAUUUUUCUAUAUAAAAUUUCUAUUCGCCAUUUACGCUCUUUUCAUCCUCUGUUCGUCGAAUCUCGGCUGAUUUCUCUGGUGACAUUUGUGCGAUAGCGGACCCGAUAGACGACGACUUUAUUCCGUCGAUGCCCCUUUGAUACAACCAGUGAUAUAAUAUUCUUGCUGUCGACCAGUUUCUACAAUCGUUUUCAUGCUUAAGAACAAUUCCUUUAAUAAUUCGCCCAAGAUGCCGAUUUUCCGCACUAGGACCGUCUUUCCUCUCAUUGCCCUAUUUUCAAUAGGCUUCUUCUUUUGGUGCAUUGAACGAUAUGAUCGUGCAGCCUUCCUUCGAUUCAAGCACCCCGUCGACCGGGUGACUACGUCAGCUGGUACUCCCCAGAUUCAGUUACAGCCAUCAUCAGCCCCGACGGCGAAAAUGUGCGAUGCGGAUCCUAGUGUUAUGCCCCCCAUGCCGUUCACUGAGUGGCUGCCUCGCAAGAACUAUACCCGCGCGUACUUCCGUCCUCACCACGUGAGUCCUAAGACUGAAUUCAGCUCGUUGGAGGAAAUCGAUAUCCCUGUGCUCCCGCCCAUGACUGUCAUGGAGCGCGGUAUGGUUGUCUCUCCGGACAACAAGGACGAGGACAUUUCCUGCCCUCCCAUCAUCGAUGUUAAUGUAGCGGCCGACCAUGAGGUUGAUGAGACGGACAAGCUUCUGUUUGGUUUGGCCACGACUGCUGACCGUUUGGACCGCUUGCUUCCGUCCCUCCUCUACUCCUACGGAAACACCAAGGCUGGUAUAAUCGUGUUGGUACCGGAAUCCGAUGACGACAUUCCCAAGCAAGAGACCUACUUCCGUAACCGUGGCUUGGACUUGACACUCAUUCAGUCUCCUCUCGAUUUCACUGCUCGUUAUUUCGGUUUGGUUGAGGCGUUCGCCAACCACAUCCGUACCAAGCGCCCCCAGACUCAGUGGGUUAGCUUCAUUGACGACGAUACUUUCUUCUUGUCUCUCCCCACUAUCGCUGAGGAGCUGAAGCUUUUCGAUGUGAACAAGAAGCAUUACAUCGGCUCCUUGUCAGAAGCCCACUGGCAGGUUGACACCUUUGGUCACAUUGCCUUUGGCGGUGCUGGCGUUUUCGUGUCUAAGCCUCUCCUUGACGUUCUCGAAGAAUACUACGAUGAAUGCCAGUCUUGGGGUGAGCAGCCUGGAGACCAGAAGCUCGGACAGUGCAUCCAGAGAUACGGAGAUACCCCCCUUACCCUUUGGCCCUCUCUUUACCAGAUGGACAUGAAGGGUGAGGUUGACGGCGUGUACGAAUCGGGCCGGAAGAUUGAGUCCCUCCACCACUGGAACAGCUGGUACACCAAGGAUGUUGUCAAAAUGACGACCGUGGCAGCUGCCGCCGGUCGCCGGUCAGUGCUCCGUCGCUGGGUGUUCGACCAGGAAGAGACUGUCAACAACUCCACUGGAAAGAGCACCCGUACAUUCUGGGUCUUCACCAACGGAUAUUCUCUCGUCAAGUACACCUAUGGCGAGAACGUUCCUGAUGAUGCCAUUGACUUCGACCAUACGGAGAAGACUUGGGAGGAGGACCCUCUUGGCUACGAAGAGCGCCUGGGACCUCUUCGCCCCAAGGAACAUGAUGGUGUCCUCAAGGACCGUUGGCUCUUGAGGGAGGCUUACGUUGUUGGUGACAAUGUACACCAGUGGUACGUGCGUGAAGAGGAUGAAGGCCAUAGUGUCAUCGAGAUCGUUUGGCUUGGACCCAAGGGCGGUGGCGGCGCCGGUAUCAAGGACUACAAUGUCAGGAAACAUCACUGAUCUAUUGGUCUACGGAUCAAAUGAGAAACCACACAACCGAUACUGAGGCUGGACCUUAGAUUUGUGGAGUCUUUCCGUUCUUGCACAUUAUUUUUCAUCUUUGUUACGUUCACUCUCUUUUUAUUUAUUUCAAGUUCUAAUUGCUGUCAUACCACCAAGAACGGAAGAGCACUACCCAUUUACGAGAUAAGGAAACAAAAAUGGUUUUAAACUGAAGGGUGGUCCAAGGUGCACCUCUUUCGACAACUGAUUCCUUCGACAUCCCUAUUUUUGAUUGUUCAUUUGCCUGGCGUUGUAUCGGCGCAGUCAAAGAUCGGAACUGGUGGUUUUUCAGCGAAGAGCUUAUCUCGUUUUGAGUCCCUUGAUUACCUGGCUAUACUCCUCCGUUUCCAGAGGAACUUCACGAGUCAACAUUUUCUCUCCAUCAUUUUACUUUUUCUUUUUCCUUUGCUUUUUUUUUUUUUUUUACUCUCC